CCAGCCGUAGCAGCCGCCGCAGCACCUGAGCCGCCGCGGCCGUUCGCUCGGACGACGCGAUGGCCGAGGCUGGGCGCAGCCUCCAUCCCUCUGCCCGAGGCAGGGGAAGAACUGAGCGGCGCACACUCCGGCUUCUACCGCUGCUGCUUUGGCUAGGGACCGCCUUCCAGGUGACCCAGGCAGGGGAACCAGAGCUUCACGCCUGCAAAGAGUCCGAGUACCACUACGAGUACACCGCGUGUGACAGCACAGGUUCCAGGUGGAGGGUCGCCGUGCCGCACACCCCAGGCCUGUGCACCAGUCUCCCCGACCCCGUCAAGGGCACCGAGUGCUCCUUUUCCUGCAAAGCCGGGGAGUUUCUGGACAUGAAGGACCAGUCGUGUAAGCCCUGCGCAGAGGGCCGCUACUCCCUGGGCACGGGCAUCCGGUUUGACGAGUGGGACGAGCUGCCGCACGGCUUCGCCAGCCUCUCGGCCAACAUGGAGAUCGACGACAGCACCACCGAGUCCACCGAGAACUGCACUCUGUCCAAGUGGGUUCCCCUGGGCGACUACAUCGCCUCCAACACGGACGAGUGCACGGCCACACUGAUGUACGCCGUCAACCUGAAGCAGUCGGGCACCGUCAGCUUUGAGUACUACUACCCAGACUCCAGCAUCAUCUUUGAGUUUUUUGUCCAGAACGACCAGUGCCAGCCCAGCGUGGAUGACUCCAGGUGGAUGAGAACCACAGAGAAAAGCUGGGAAUUCCACAGCGUAGAGCUUAAUCGAGGCAAUAAUGUCCUCUAUUGGAGAACCACAGCCUUCUCAGUGUGGUCCAAAGUUUCCAAGCCUGUGUUGGUGAGAAACAUCGCCAUAACAGGGGUGGCCUACACGUCCGAAUGCUUCCCCUGCAAACCCGGCACGUACGCAGACAAGCAGGGCUCCUCUUUCUGCAAAGUCUGUCCAGAAAACUCUUAUUCGAACAAGGGAGAGACUUCCUGUCACCAGUGUGACCCUGACAAAUACUCAGAGAAAGGAUCCUCUUCCUGCAAAAGACGCCCGGCCUGCACCGACAAAGACUACUUCUACACGCACACGGCCUGCGACGCCAACGGAGAGACGCAGCUCACGUACAAAUGGGCCCACCCGAAAAUCUGCGGCGAGGACCUCGAGGGGGCGGUGACGCUGCCCGCCUCCGGCGUGAAGACCCGCUGCCCGCCCUGCAACCCCGGCUUCUUCAAAACCAACCGCAGCGCCUGCGAGCCCUGCCCCUACGGGUCGUACUCCAAUGGCUCCGAUUGUAGCCACUGCCCAGCUGGGACGGAGCCUGUCGUGGGAUUCGAGUACAAAUGGUGGAACACGCUGCCCACGAACAUGGAAACGACCGUUCUCAGUGGGAUCAACUUUGAGUACAAGGGCAUGACGGGCUGGGAGGUGGCCGGCGACCACAUUUACACAGCCGUGGGAGCCUCAGACAACGACUUCAUGAUUCUGACCCUGGUUGUGCCAGGGUUUAGGCCUCCACAGGCAGUGACGGCCGACACAGAGAAUAAAGAGGUGGCCAGGGUCACGUUCGUCUUCGAGACCAUCUGCUCCGUGGACUGCCAGCUCUACUUCAUGGUGGGUGCCAACUCUAGGGCCAACACUCCCGUGGAGACGUGGAAAGGCUCCAAGGGCAAGCAGUCCUUCACCUACAUCAUCGAGAAGAACGCCACCAUGACCUUCACCUGGGCCUUCCAGAGAACCACUUUCCAUGAGAUAGGCAGAAAGUACACCAACGACGUCGCCAAGAUCUACUCCAUCAACGUCACCAAUGUCAUGAACGGGGUGGCUUCCUACUGCCGGCCCUGCGCCCUGGAGGCCUCCGACCUGGGCUCCUCCUGCACCUCCUGUCCUGCCGGCAACUACAUCGAUCGCGGCUCGGGGACCUGCCGGCCCUGCCCCGCGAACACCGUCCUGAAAGCCCACCAGCCCUACGGCGUCCAGGCCUGCAGGCCCUGCGGCCCAGGGACCAGGAGCAACAAGAUCCACUCCCUGUGCUACAACGACUGCACCUUCUCCAUCGGCACUCGGAGCAGGACUUUCGACUACAACUUCUCGGCCCUGGCCAGCACCGUCUCUCUGGCCGGAGGGCCCAGCUUCACUUCCAAAGGGCUGAAAUACUUCCAUCACUUCACCUUCAGCCUCUGCGGGAACCAGGGUAAGAAGAUGUCUGUGUGCACCAACAAUGUCACCGACCUCCGGAUUCCUGAGGACGAGUCGGAUUUCUCCAAGUCCAUCACAGCCUACGUCUGCCAGGUGCUCAUCAUUCCUCCAGAGGUGACAGGCUACAAGGCUGGAGUGUCCUUGCAGCCUGUCAGCCUCGCCGACCAGCUUAUCGGGGUGACAACGGAUAUGACCCUGGAUGGAAUCACCUCCCCAGCGGAACUCUUCCCCCCGGCGUCCUUGGGGAUACCGGACGUGAUCUUCUUUUACAGGUCCAGCGAGGUGACUCAGUCCUGCAGCUCCGGGAGAUCGACCACCAUCCGAGUCCGAUGCAGUCCGCUGAAGCCCGCCCCCGGGAGUCUGUCCCUGCCCAGCACGUGCUCCGGCGGGACUUGUGACGGCUGCAACUUCCACUUCCUGUGGGAGAGUGCGGCCGCCUGCCCGCUCUGCUCGGCCGCCGACUACCACGCCAUCACCAGCAGCUGCGUGGCUGGGGUGCAGAAGACCACCUAUGUGUGGCGGGAGCCGAAGCUGUGCGUGAGUGGCAUCUCCCUGCCGGAGCCGAGAGUCACCAUCUGCAAAACGAUCGAUUUCUGGCUGAAAGUGGGCAUCUCCGCGGGCACCUGCACUGCCAUCCUGCUCACCGUCUUGACCUGCUACUUUUGGAAAAAGAACCAAAAGCUGGAGUACAAGUACUCCAGGCUGGUGAUGGACGCGUCCCUGAAGGACUACGGCCUGCCGGCCGCCGACAGCUGCGCCAUCAUGGAAGGUGAGGACGUGGAGGAUGACCUCAUCUUCACCAGCAAGAAGUCCCUCUUUGGGAAGAUCAAGUCGUUUACCUCCAAGUUGAUGAACUGUUGGGGCCUUUUAACUUCCAGAAGGAGUGUUGAACCAUCCACGUUCAGCCAGCUCCUGUCCCCAUCUCUCUUUCAGAGGACUCCUGAUGGGUUUGACUCGGUGCCACUGAAGACGUCCUCAGGGGGCCCCGACGUGGACCUGUGAGAGGCACGGCCCCGCCUGCCCGGCCUCCUCGCUCAGCACAGCACCUUGACCUUGCCAGCCUGUGGCGAUUUGGGUGCCAGCUCCCCGCGACACCCGCUGCUGGGAAUCUCUUCAUUGUGGCCUUAUUCGAAGAAGUUUGAAUUUUAGAUCUUUUGGUUUUUUUUUUUUAUAGAGAACCCACACCCUCCUCUCUGCUUGCCUCAAACCUGCCAAAUAUACCCACCCUUUCUUUGUA